AUGGCGUCCACCACCUCUACUGGUCCAGAAGACUCAUCUCAAUCUUCUGAAUCUCUUCCCCUUGUUACAUUAAACACAGGAACUCAAAUCCCCAUCAAACUAGAUGGCACCAAUUUUCCCGCAUGGCGAGUUCAAUUCAAUGCCUUGUUAAUUGGCUAUAAUCUUCAAGGAUAUGUAGAUGGUACAAAUCCAUGUCCUCCACAAACAGAUGCAGGCUACACUCGUUGGAUCCGUCAAGACCAACUUCUAAUUCAUGCCAUUAUAUCAUCUGUCUCUGCCAAUGUGGUCAAUUUUUUAGGCAAUGUUACCACCUCUAAACAAGCUUGGGACAUUCUUACUCAUAUGUAUGCCAACAGGUCUCGCUCACGAGUCAUGACGCUAAAAGAACGCUUAGCCACCACUGUUAAAGGUACUCGCUCCAUUUCUGAGUAUCUCCAGACCAUCAAAUCGAUAUCAGAUGAACUUUCUAUUAUUCACUCUCAUGUGGAUGAUCUUGAUCUUGUUAUCCAUACCCUCAAUGGUCUUGGUCGUGAAUACCGUGAGUUGUCUGCAGCGAUAAGGGCCCGUGACACUCCAAUUUCUUUUGCUGAUCUAUAUGAAAAACUCAUUGAAUAUGAGUCUUAUAUUGCUAAAGAGGAUCGCGCCUCUGACUCUGUUACUAUACCCACUGCCAAUGCUGCUACCCGCACUCGUGGUGCUCCUUCUAGAUCUCGUCAUGCUUCCAAUCAGCAGCAGCCUUCUUCCUCACGGUCUCAGCCAUCACUCCCACGCUCUCAAUUUGCUGACAAUGAAUUUCCAUACCUGCAGCUCAUUAAUAAACCUGACCCUCCUACACUCUCAUUGCCUCCAGUCGAAUAUCCACCACACACCCUUGUCCCUACCACUGGCCACCCUUCCUUACCCACCAAUAGCCACAACUCCAAGUCUCCACCAAUUAACCCGAGUCCCCCCUCUAUUCCUCUUCAGCACCUCUCAGCUUCUUCAAAUUCUACACAAGUCAAGUUUCAAGAUUUUAGGACCAAGAUGGGUGUCCAUGACGGAAACCUCAUCUUGCGGGGGCGUGUAGAAGCUUCCAAUAAGAUAACUCCAACAUAG